AUGACCCACUGCCACAACACAGAGGGCAGCUAUGAGUGCCGUUCCCGCCAAAGCUGGAAUCUGAUUCCUGGGUCCCCCAAUGGCCCACACAACACCGUCUGUGAAGAUGUGGAUGAUUGUAAACCAGGGCAAAACUCCUGCCACAAAUCCACCCAAUGCCACAACACGGAGGGCAGCUAUGAAUGCCGCUGCCGCCCUGGCUGGAAGCCGGUUCCUGGGUCCCCCAAUGGCCCACACAACACCGUCUGUGAAGAAGAGAUCUCCUUCCCUACAUGGACCCCACCCCCUGGAAUCAAGAGUCAGAGUCUCUCUCGCUUCUUUGAAAAAGUCCAGGACCUACGCCAAGACUUCAAGUCUGCUUCAGCCCAGGACACCAUCCAGGACAUCAUACAGGAGGUGGAUAAUCUCCUGGAGAACCCGGGGGACCUGCUUACUCUGCCUCCUUCAGAGCAGCACUUUGUGGCCACUAACCUGCUGACUGGCCGGGAGCACAUCCUGAGAGAGAUGAGCAAGGCCCUGCCCAAUGGGCCACUGACCUUCAGGACAGCUGCAGGAACAGAACUGUCCCUGGAUGUGAAGAAGCAAGGAGACAAGAAUAUCACCCUGAGCAUUAAUCAGGCAAAGAUGCUGGUGAACUGGGAUGUGGUGCAGGACUCAGGUGGCUCAGGGAUGUGCAAGUUGCUGGUUGGGGCCCCCCUGGUCCUGGAAACUGAGGAGACACACAAGGGCCUGCAGCAGGAAGUCUCCCCUGUCCUGCUCUCUGAUGUCAUAUCCGCCUUUGUGAGCAACAAGGACACUCAGAACCUCAGCUCCCCAGUCACCUUUGUCUUCAAGCAUGUGAGUGCUGUGACCCCGAGGCCAAAGCAGAAGGUAUUCUGUGUCUUCUGGGAGCCUGGCCAGAAUGGAAGUGGUCAUUGGUCCACCAAAGGCUGCUGGAGGGUGGGCACCGGAGACACCAGCACCGCCUGCCAAUGCACCCACCUCAGCAGCUUUGCCGUCCUCAUGGCCCACUAUGAUGUGCAGGAUGAUGAUCCCGCCCUGGCUGUGAUCACCUACGUGGGGCUGAGCCUCUCUCUGCUGUGCCUCCUCCUGGCGGCCCUCACCUUCCUGCUGUGCAAAGCCAUCCAGAACACCAGCACCUCACUCCACCUGCAGCUCUCACUCUGCCUCUUCCUGGCCCACCUGCUCUUCCUCACGGCCAUCGACAGAACUGAGCCUAAGGUGCUGUGCGCCAUCAUCGCGGGUGCCUUACACUAUCUCUACCUGGCCUCCUUCACCUGGAUGCUUCUGGAGGGCCUGCACCUCUUUCUCACCACACGCAACCUGACAGUGGUCAACUACUCCAAUGUGAGCAGGUUCAUGAAGAAAUUUAUGCUCCCUGUGGGCUACGGAGUCCCAGCUGUGAUUGUGGCCAUUUCUGCAGCAUCCAGGCCUCACCUUUAUGGAACACCUGCUCGCUGCUGGCUCCACCCAGAAAAGGGAUUUAUAUGGGGCUUCCUUGGACCAGUCUGCGUCAUCCUCUUUGUCAAUCUAGCUUUCUUUCUGAUGACCCUCUGGAUUUUGAAAAGCAAACUCUCUUCACUCAACAGUGAUGUGUCCACCCUCAAGAAUACAAGGAUGCUGACAUUUAAAGCGAUAGCUCAGCUCUUCAUCUUGGGCUGCACGUGGUGUCUGGGAAUCCUGCAGGUGGGUCCAGCUGCUCACGCCAUGGCCUAUCUCUUCACCAUCAUCAACAGCCUGCAGGGCGUCUUCAUCUUCCUGGUGUACUGUCUCCUCAGCCAGCAGGUCCGGGAGCAAUACAGGAAAUGCUGGAAGAGGGUCAGGAAAAUCAAAGCAGAGUCUGAGCAAUACACCCUCUCCAGCGGAGCCAUGUCGGACGCCACUAAACACAGUGUGGGAUAG